AUGCUGAAGAUGUUAAACACAAGUCAGUUUCAUAGCCUCCUCUAUCUUCUAAUAUUUCUUUCUUUCUUUCUUUCAUUCUUUCUUUCGUUCGUUCGUUCGUUCUUUCUUUCGUUCUUUCUUUCGUUCGUUCUUUCUUUCGUUCGUUCUUUCGUUCGUUCGUUCUUUCGUUCGUUCGUUCGUUCUUUCGUUCGUUCGUUCGUUCGUUCUUUCGUUCGUUCUUUCGUUCGUUCUUUCUUUCGUUCGUUCUUUCUUUCGUUCUUUCUUUCUUUCGUUCGUUCUUUCUUUCGUUCUUUCUUUCGUUCGUUCUUUCUUUCUUUCGUUCGUUCGUUCGUUCGUUCGUUCGUUCGUUCGUUCUUUCUUUCUUUCUUUCGUUCGUUCGUUCGUUCUUUCUUGCUUGCUUAUUUUCUUUCUAUUCUCCUUUCCUUGAAACCAAACAAUUCUUUUCUUACGUCUAACGUACCAAUAUCGCAUUUGCCACCGGCGUCGGUAAAAGCCUGUAUUUUAAAUGUUGAUUUUUCAGGUAACAUGGAAGGCACACAGACUCUCUUUUCUCGGGGAAGCUAG